AUGGCGACAUUCCUACGAGACAAAAAGGUUCUGGAGGCCGACGUUAUAGCGGUUCAAGAGCCCUGGCGCAACGAAUUCAAUGCCACCACGCACCAACCCGCAUCCCGAACGCACCAACUUCUCUAUCCAAAGGGGCAGGCUCGGGUGGCCCUAUUUGUGAACAAGCGCAUCGACCCAUCGAAAUGGAUCCAUACCAUUGUCAAUAAGGACUAUCAGGUCCUACAGAUCCACUAUGAGCGCGGGGGGCCCCCCCGAAUGCUGGCGAUUCACAAUAUAUACAACGAGCCGGAAAAAACAACUCUUUCUGCGCGGAUCAAAUUUUUGAAAUUGCCCGCCCAAAUCAAGCCGGAUUCGGCUCAGAAUUUGUUCAAUUAUAAUUAA